UAUGGUGUCCGCACCUUGCCAUGCCACGAUGGAGGGCGAUGUACUCCCAGGUGACUCCGGAAGAUCCACGAAGUUGCUCGCACUGGCAUUGCACUGUCAAACGCGGAUGCACUGCGAAGCGAUCCUUCCAGGCCUGGCCCCACUGCGCGGCGGCGUGCGGCUUCGGCGUUGCACCUGCGGCCCGCAAGGGGCGCCACAUCGCCAGUCGUAGUGGUCUUCGGAGUGACGUCCAGUUGGUGGCUGGGCCAAGCACCAUCCAAACUUUGCGAGGACAGCUCUGUGGACGAGAGGUCGCCCUCAUCCUUUGUGGAGAAGCCCAUGAGGAUUGUAUCGAUCUGACUCGAAGUCGAAGCGUUUUGGAAGCCACCUUCGGUUGGAUUCCUACAGCCGAUGCCUUCAGCUAUAUAACGCCCUUCCACACGAAGAAUGACGUCACGCUUCAUGUAGCCAAGAAGUGGGCUGCUCGCGCCAUGACUCGCGAGGAUGAUGGUGGCCUACUGCUCUUCCGCCUCCAAAACCCUGCUCAGGGCACUGGCACGGCUCAUGUCUUCCGGCCUGAUGAAAUUCUGCCCCAGCCGGGCGCACAAGAGGAGAACGCCGUGUACUUCUUGUGGAAAGACUCGGAUGAUGAAGCGAGGUUGCUUCGGGAGAAGAAAGUGCGGGGAGAGCAGCUCUCGAUCGCAGAACACGACGCCCUUCUGCUUGGUCGCAAGCAGCGUCUUCGCAGCGAAGACCGUGUGGAGCUGUUCGAUGAUUGGUUGAUCCGCGCAGGAAACUUGCUGAGACCUGUGGAAAUCGUCUUGGAGGGCCCAGUCCCUGCAUCUGAAGUCACACUCCACGAGGAGCCUGGAGGAUACGAGGUGCCAAUUGCGCACGAGACGAGCCAAGCUUUAGACUUGGACAGUGGGGAAGAGGAGGACUUCAAAGACUUCAAAGACUUCAAAGGCUUUCGACUGAUCAGAUUUGCCUCGGACAAUGCCACGGGCAGCUUUUUGGAAUACGUGCGACGUCGCGUGAGACAACACGUCGCCAGCAACAGGAUCCAUUUCUUCGAUCUGCGGGAACUGGGAGACCCAGAUGAGUUUCAGAUGCGGAAGGAGUUUCAACGCUUGGUGAUCCAGAACCCGCCCGUGGACUUGGAAGAAAAGCGAGUUCAGGAACUGGGCCUUGGCGUGGCGAGAACGGCCGAGGACUGUCCGCGUCCAUCUUGGGAAGCCUUUUUCGGAGCUGCCUCGGAGUUAUUGUACUACUCUCCUCACGUGCACGCUGACUAUGUACCCUUCCUGGCCUGUGUCAUGAAGCCCCCGGAACUUCUUCCUAAGGACUGGAUUUUGAAGUUCUUCGAGCAUCUCUAUUGCGGCUUGGUCUCUGAUGCCAUCGACAUGCUACGCUCAGAUGAGAAUGCUGCGAGAUUCCUGCGCCUUCGGUCUAUGCUGCAUUGGAAUGGUGAACGUUAUCAGCAACGCCAGGACAUUCGGCCCUUGAUCCCGGUGUCUGUGGCUCCACUGCGGUGCUAUUUGAAGGCCAAAGAUCUGCCGCAAGCGAGGACUUGGGUCUCUGGUUUGGCCGAACGUCUUCGACCAAAGGCCCAAGAGACUUCAGAGUUGGUGACGAAAGCACAACGGUGGUACCUGCAAGAAGUCGAAGCGUUCCUGCAAGACGUGAAGGGAAACGAUCAGGACGGCGAUCACUUCUUCGCGUACUUAAGGGAGGUGCACCGAGAGAUCUAUGAUGAUGUCGAUUCGAACCAUGCCAGCGCAUCCCCGCACGUUCCAAGCUUGUCCAAGCCCUUCGGGCAAAAGUUUUACAACUUGGGAGAGAUCAAGAUGCCUUCCUUUGACGAAGCCAUGCGCGAGAUCUUAGCAUUCGACCCCAUUGAUGGCAAGGCCACCACACGCAGGCAAAGAGUGUUGGCCAAAAUCAUCAUUGAUGUGUUCCAACUUCGUAUGGUCGAUCUGGCAUCAGUCCUCAUCGUGUUGGAUCGUGCUUUGGCGUAUCCUAAGGGAUCUGAAGUGGUCAUCAUCAUGUACGCAGGCAGCGACCACGGUCACACGGUGGAGAAGUUCUACCGCGAUCUCGGCUUCAGCGCCAAGUCCUUGCCACGCCAGGGGCUGGUUGGGAAAAGCUGGCAGGACCACUAUGGACCACGAGAACCGAGAGGACUACGCUUUCCCAGCUACCUCUAUGAUUUCAGUGAACUUUUCCGAAGCUAGAUCUUCCAGAAGUUCCAG